AUGUCGUGGAAGGAUAGCUUAACGGACGACCCUGCAUCUUUGUUUCGAACUAAGUCAGCUGUUAAAAAGCUGUUAGAACAGGCAAAGGCUGAAACGCCCGGCAUUCAUAUCAUUUCUAGACCUUCAAGACCUGUCUCUGCUCGAAAAUCAAGAUUCAAAUUUCCCGAUCCAAAGAAAGAUUGCUACCUCACUUUGAAAGUCAGCAGUCGUAAUGGCAAGUUGUGUUUACCGGUAUGCUACGAAAAUCACGAAGAUAAAGACCAACAUGUCUGUGAUGGUUUGAAAUACAUUUUACACGUUCCGUCAAUCAAAAGAUUUUCUUUAGAAGGAAAGCAAUUGACUACAAACGAUCAAGCAGAAGACUGUUAUUGUUAUAGCACCCUUUCAGCUCACAAAAAGGGUUUAGCUAAGAAUUGUCUGGGAUUUUGGUUUCGAUUUUUUGAACAAGGUGUGAUAUUUCGCAUAACUAUUGCUCUAAAGAUUGAUUUGCUGUUUGUGAAAACGUUCUUUGGAAAGGGAUCAGAUUUCACAGAUUCCUUUUAUGAAGAUGGUGGUAUCUUUGCCCGUGAAGAAGUGGAAAUUUCUACCCAUGUAAUAUCUCCUUCUAGAUCUGCGGCUUCAGACAGAAACAGUGUCAUAGAUACAGCAAAGAUUUUCCCAUCUCUGUAUUUGAACCAAGAAUACCAGUCUAUUGUUUCAAAAUUCAAAGACUUGAGGCAGAAGCUUCAUUUUAAUGAGCUUGACAAUUUUUUUGUACAAAUGUUGGAAAAAAUGUCAGAUAAUGACCUGAAGGUGGUGCUUUUUCUUGAGCAAAGUCAGGAGGCCUGUCGCAAAAAGCUUUACGAGACAUCAAAACAGCUUUUGAAACAGGCAGUUGACAGCGCUGCCAAAUGUAAGAACAAGACAUUGUUAAUGGGCAGAGCUUAUUUGUAUCUGUCGUAUGUUCAUCAAAAAGAUGGUUACCUUGGAAAUGCUGAGGAAUGUUUGGCAAUCGCAAGAAAGAAGCUUCAGGCACUGGAGGCUUGUGAGGAUGUUGGUGAUCUGUGUUUUCAGGAAGGACUUAUCCUGACAAAUUUUGCCCAGAAAAUGCCCAAGUUUGCAUUUAAGUUGAUCACAGAAGCAAUGCACAAAUUUGAACAGGCUGCACUCAUAUUUACAAAUGGCCUGACAGUCGACAAUGUUUUGGACAAGCAGUGCUGUUCGUACAUCAGACUAGCAUCUUUGCUGCUUCAGCAAAAGGCUACAUCCUUAAACACUGUGCAGUAUAACACAGCACUUGCUAGUAAGCACCUGGAGUGCAUAGCAGGUCAUCUGCCAGAACUGUCUGAAAGAACCAAGUUCCAAUUCCAUGUCUGUCACACUGAGUUACUUUAUAAAAAACAGCAAUUUGGAAAAGCUAAGGAAAGUCUUGAUGCAGCUUUUCAGAUCGCCAAAAGUUGUCAAUUUGAAGAGCAAAUUAUAUUUGAUCAAAUACCAGAAAAGACUGAAGAAAACAAUUAUUUUAGGGAUAGAAUCAGUGAUGGGGAAGCAGCUGAUGAAAAAGCUGAAGAUUUUUUUGUAGAUGAUGUCCAAUCAGGUUAUCUUGGUGAUAUAAGUUCAUAA